AAGACUAAAGUAUACAAAACAAGUACUUCUUUGGACCUGUGUGCUUGAUAUUUUCAGCGUUGAAAUCUCUUCAAGCGUCUUUCUCCGUUUCUUCCUUCCAGAGUCCAAAAGAAUACGUGUGAAAUGUUGACUUUUGAAAGGUAAUAGGAAAGGAUGGAUCAGAAUGAAGGUGAUGAUGCUCUUAUAGAUUCCAUCAAAGCUAAGUUAGACUCUUUGUCUUCUCUUACAAUCCAUUGCUGUAUCUACAAGGUACCUAAUAAGCUCCGCAGACUCAAUCCUGAUGCAUACACGCCUCGGCUUGUGUCCUUUGGCCCUUUGCAUCGCGGUAAAGAAGAGCUUCAAGCCAUGGAAGAGCAUAAAUACAGGUACUUACAGAGUUUUAUUCUUAGAACAGACUGUACUCUAGAAGAGCUUGUUAGAGUUGUUAGGACUUGGGAACAAAAAGCUCGAAGCUGUUAUGCAGAAGAUGUGAAACUUAAUAGCGAUGAGUUUGUUGAGAUGUUAGUUGUAGAUGGUAGCUUCUUGGUCGAACUUCUUUUGAGGUCUCAUUAUCCUCAGCUUAGAGGCGAGAAAGAUAGCAUAUUUGGUAAUUCAAUGAUGAUCACCGACGUGUGUCGUGACUUGAUUUUGAUCGAAAAUCAGUUACCCUUUUUUGUCGUAAAGGAGAUUUUUCUUCUUUUGUUUGUUUACUACCAACAAGGAACGCCUUCAAUCCUAAAGCUUGCUCAACGCCAUUUCAGCUGUUUCUUAAGUAACAUUGAUGAUGAGAUGCUUACUUCAGAGCCAAAGCAUUUUGUUGAUCUUCUGAGGUCUUGUUACUUGCCACUGGUCCCAGCCAGAUUGAAAGAAACCACAUUGAAGGUUGAAAAUGCACCUGAAGCAACAGAGUUACACACUGCUGGUGUUAACUUCAAGCCAGCAGAGACCAGUUGUUUACUUGACAUUAGCUUUGCUGAUGGAGUACUCAAGAUUCCUACCAUCUUCAUCGAUGAUCUCACAGAAUCCCUCUACAGAAACAUCAUUGCGUUUGAACAAUGUCAUUGCUCAGAUAAGAACUUCCUCCACUACAUCAGGUUGCUCGGUUGCUUCAUUAAAUCCCCUACUGAUGCUAACUUACUCAUCCGUAGUGGGAUCAUCGUGAACAAUCUCGGGAACGCAGAAGAUGUUUCAAAGUUGUUCCAUAGCAUCUACAAAGAGGUUAUAUUUGGUAGAAGAUUCUACUUUCAGACAAUUUCAGAGAAUCUUCAAGCUUACUGCAACACACCAUGGAACAGGUGGAAGGCGAUUCUGAGACGUGACUACUUCCACAGUCCUUGGUCAGUUGUUUCUGUUUUUGCUGCUAUACUUCUUAUCUUUCUCACUUUCAUACAGGCUGCAUGCUCUAUCUUGGCUCUGUAAAAAUCUUUUGGUGAAGGCUCUGUAAAAGUCUUUUGGAACAUCACUUGGAUCAUAAAGCUAAACAUUUGUCUAAUGAAUAUAUAUGAUUAUAAAUGGAAA